GACGCUUUUUUUAAAAUAUAUUCGCAGGGAUAAAGUAAGGUGACGGUACGACGUCAUCAUUAUCGUCUCCGUCGAUCUUUCCGGCCAGAAAAUUCACAAAACAACGUCAGUCGCGAUUCAAUCGUUGUUUUUCUUUAAGAUUUUAUGAUUUGAAUCUAGUUUGAUCGAUUUUCCCUUAUUUUAGAGCUUGAUUUUGGAUAAUAAUGGCAAGCGUAGAGGAGAAGAAGGCGGCUUUCGAUGCGGAGUCGGCGAAGGAGGUGGUGAAAGAGUUGAGAGCUAGCUUCGCUUCCGGGAAGACUAAAAGCUACGAAUGGAGAUCGACUCAGUUGAACGCCAUGUUGAAGAUGAUGGAAGAGAACGAGCCGCAAAUCGUCGCUGCUCUUCGCGAUGAUCUUUCCAAGCCGGAACUGGAAUCCUCCAUCCAGGAGAUAGCAAUGGUAAAGAAUUCAUGUACGGUGGCACUCAAGAAAAUGAAGCACUGGAUGAUGCCAGAAAAGGCAAAAACUUCAUUGAUUACAUUUCCUUCUUCUGCUGAAAUUGUAUCUGAACCAUUGGGUGUUGUGUUAGUAAUCUCAGCUUGGAAUUAUCCUUUUAUGUUGUCUCUUGAUCCAGUUGUUGGAGCCAUUGCAGCUGGUAAUGCUGUAGUCUUAAAGCCAUCAGAAAUUGCUCCAGCCACAUCAUUGUUGCUUGCAAGUCUGGUAGCUGAUUAUUUGGAUCGCUCUUGCGUAAAGGUUGUUGAAGGGUCUGUUCCUGAAACGUCAGCACUACUGGAGCAAAAAUGGGACAAAAUACUCUACACAGGUAAUGCAAGAACUGCACGCAUUGUGAUGGCCGCUGCUUCAAAGCACUUAACACCAGUUGUUUUGGAGCUUGGAGGAAAGUGUCCGGUCAUUGUCGAUUCAGACAUCAAUUUACAGGUAGCAACUAGGCGGAUAAUUGCCGGAAAGUGGGGGUGUAACAAUGGGCAAGCAUGUGUCUCUCCUGAUUACAUUAUCACAACAAAAAGUUAUGCUCAGAAGCUGGUAGAUUCUUUCAUAUGUGAAUUGGAGCGGUUUUAUGGAGAGAAUCCAUUGGAGUCGAAAGACUUAUCUCGCAUCGUGAAUUCUAACCACUUUGCUCGCUUGUCAAAGCUCUUGGAUGAGGACAAUGUUUCUAUCAAGAUCGUCCACGGAGGCGAAAGAGACGAAGCAAAGUUGAGGAUUGCACCCACUAUCUUGCUUGAUGUCCCACAACAUUCUCUAAUCAUGACUGAAGAGAUAUUUGGCCCAUUGCUUCCAAUUAUCCUGGUCCAAAAAGUGGAAGAUAGCUUUGAUGUGAUAAAUUCUUCAGGAACAAAGCCACUGGCAGCAUAUCUGUUUACCAAUAACAAGAAGCUGAAACAAAAGUUUGUUGCAACCGUCUCUGCCGGAGGAUUGGUCGUCAACGACACUACUGUACAUCUCACCGAACACACAUUACCAUUCGGAGGAGUCGGGAACAGCGGAAUGGGAGCGUACCAUGGGAAAUUCUCCUUCGACACCUUCAGCCAUAAGAAAGCCGUUCUGUAUAGAGGUUUCACUUGUGAUGUAUCUGUUAGAUACCCGCCAUACACGAGGGGAAAGCUCAGAUUGUUGCAGGCUCUUAUUAGUGGCAGCUUCUUAGGCAUCAUCCGUUCAUUGUUGGGAUGGUUCAGGUCUUGAAUGACAACAGGUAUGGGGCCGUCUUUGUUGUAGAUUUUCGUAAUUUAAGUGCACUGGUUUCGGUUGGGAUUAAGCUUCGGUUUGGUUUUAACACACUAUAUCACCAUGUGUUUGUUUGAACACGGUUUGUUCUAUGAUUCAGGUCUUAGGGUCCGUGUAUGUUUGUUUAAGUUGAUAGCUUGGAUAUAUCCAAACUCGCCCACACUAUUUUUAUUUACUACUUUUUCUUUUUUUUA